AUGUCAACAAGUAACGACGACGUGGACUAUCCCGAUUACAAGGAAUUUGGGCAAAUUAAGGCAAACUAUGAUGAAAGGUCUGUCGUUGAACAGCGUUUAACUCGUACAGUUGUAGCCCGUUUUGUUCGUCUGAAUACUAAGGCCUUGCACAAGACAUCUUCGAUGCGGAUUGAAUUCCAGGGCGAGUAUAUAGUAACGAAUUGGUUUGAUCCUGUGCCCUUGGGAAUGCAAAGUAGAAUGAUCGUUGACUCGCAAAUCACAGCGUCUUCAUCAAAAUUUUUCCAAUCCGGAGCAUGGAAUGGCAGACUGAAUUUGACUACGGUAGACAACGUAAGAUAUGGAGGAUGGAUUGCGGCGGACUAUGACAGUGACCCUUGGCUUGAAGUUGACUUCAUCGCAAACAUCACUCUCACUUCAAUCUCAACCCAAGGUCUGGACGGUGGACAAUCGUGGGUUCGGAGUUACACAGUCGCUUUUGGAUUCCGUCGGGUCACUUUGGAGGAAUAUAAACAUAAAGAUGAGAUAAAGGUGUUUAAUGCAAGCAGUGGUCUCACAGUGAAGCAAGAUUUGUAUCCAUUUAUCAUUGCUCGGUACAUUCAAAUCAAACCAAAGAUGUGCACUGGAUCUUGUUCAUUGAGAGUGGAGUUUUACGGUCGUUAUGAAGACCCUCCAAGUUCCGUACAUUUGGGAAUGCAAAGCAGUGCAAUUUUGGACAGUCAAUUGACGGCUUCUAGUUUUGAAUUUUGGGAUCGCACCGCAGCAAAGGCUCGAUUGAAUGCGGCAAAAGCUUGGGUGAGACAUGGUACCGAUACUAAGCCUUGGGUGAAAGUAGAUUUUCUCGGUCGAAUAAAAUUAACCGGUAUUUUGACGCAAGGCAGAGGAGCAUACGACUGUUGGGUUACAAGCUUUACAAUGUCAACAAGUAACGACGACGUGGACUAUCCCGCUUACAAGGAAUUUGGGCAAAUUAAGCUUUUUCAGGCAAACUAUGAUCAGACGUCUGUCGUUGAACAGCGUUUAACUCGUACAGUUGUAGCCCGUUUUGUUCGUCUGAAUACUAAGGCCUGGCACAAGACAUCUUCGAUGCGGAUUGAAUUCCAGGGCGAGUAUAUAGUAACGAAUUGGUUUGAUCCCGUGCCCAUGGGAAUGCAAAGUAGGAUGAUCGUUGACUCGCAAAUCACAGCGUCUUCAUCAAAAUUUUUCCAAUCCGGAGCAUGGAAUGGCAGACUGAAUUUGACUACGGUAGACAACGUAAGAUAUGGAGGAUGGAUUGCGGCGGACUAUGACAGUGACCCUUGGCUUGAAGUUGACUUCAUUGCAAACAUCACUCUCACUUCAAUUUCGACCCAGGGUUUGGACGGUGGACAAUCGUGGGUUCAGAGUUACACAGUCGCUUCUGGAUUCCAUCGGGACGCUUUGGAGGAAUAUAAACAUAAAGAUGAGAUAAAGAUGUUUAAUGCAAGCAGUGGUCUCACAGUGAAGCAAGAUCUGUAUCCAUUUAUCAUUGCUCGGUACAUUCAAAUUAAACCAAAGAUAUGCACUGGAUCUUGUUCAUUGAGAGUGGAGUUUUACGGUCGUUAUGAAGACACGGCGAUACUUUUCGCAUUUUUCAACAUUUCGAAACCAAACUUUCCAAUUUUCUAA